UUGGGGGUGGGGGGGUGCCUCGGUAAAUCUUGGGCAAUCCUGUUGACUUUUUCCUUUGUUUUCAAUCCUGUGGUGGUCUCCCUCUUAUAAAACCGAUGGCCGGAGAACAGGCACUCAAGCGUCCUGUGCUCCAGUCACAGCCAUCUCUAUCUUUCCUUGAGGAGACACCAAACCCUCGGGAAGAUGUGCUAUCGCUAGGAGAAACUGAGGCAGAAAGGGCGAGGCUGUCUAUGUUUUCCUCAGGUCUGGUUUGUGGACGCUCAGCCUCUUUAUCCCCUGCUCCCAGAGUCAGCACCCCUACCGUGGCUCCCGGCUAGGUGCAACCCACUUUCCUAGUGUCAGGCUGGGGGCGGGGUUUGGCUGGGCAGGUCCAGGAUGCGAGAUCCUGGAGAGAAGAAAAGGUGUACUGUUUGGGGCAGUCAGCAGGCUAGACUGGCUUGGCAGGGCUGGGCUCUUCGGAACAGGUAAUACCCCGGGGGCCUGUUCAUCUGAACGACAGAGAUAAGGCCCGAGGCGAAAUCUCCGAAAUCUUCGGGUGACAGGAUGGAUUUCAGAACCCCUGACCUGCUGGAUGUGUGGCUGGAGCCCCCAGAUGAUGCCUUCUCAACAGGAUCCUUCCUGGAGCUGGGACUCCACUGUCCACCUUCAGAGGUCCCAGUAACUAGGCUACAAGAACAGGGGCUGCAAGCCUGGGAGGCCAGUGGGGGCCAUGGCUAUGGCCUUCAAGAGAGUGAGCCUGAAGAUUUCCCGAAGCUUUUCAUUGAUCCCAAUGAAGUGUAUUGCUCAGAAGCAUCUCCUGGCAGUGACAGUGGAAUCUCCGAGGACCCUGGUCACCCAGACAGUCCGUCUGCCUCCAAGGCACCCAGUUCCCCUGCCCUCUAUGAGGUUGUCUAUGAGGCGGGGGCCCUGGACAGGAUGCAGGGCGAAGCUGGGCCAGCUGUAGGGCUCAUCUCCAUCCAGCUAGAUCAGUGGAGCCCACCACUUACGGUGCCCAAUGCCUGCAUGGUCAGCGAGCUGCCCCUUGACGUCCAUGCCCACAUCGUGCCCAGAGCAGGCGCUGUAAACCCAGUGCCUCCUUCAACCCUGCCUCAGAAGGUUGCCCUGGGCAUGAUCCAGAGCCUGCCUGGAUUAAGGUCCUCGCCCUCACCUCGUUUCAUGCAGCUGCCCUUUCAAGCCUUGUUCCUGACAGAUGAGGAGAAGCGUCUGCUAGGGCAGGAGGGGGUUUCCCUGCCCUCUCACCUGCCCCUCACCAAGGCAGAGGAGAGGGUCCUCAAGAAGGUCAGGAGGAAAAUCCGGAACAAGCAGUCAGCUCAGGACAGUCGGCGGCGGAAGAAAGAGUACAUCGAUGGACUGGAGAGCAGGGUGGCUGCCUGUUCUGCACAGAACCAGGAACUACAGGAAAAAGUCCAGGAGCUGGAGAGGCACAACGUCUCCUUGGUGACUCAGCUCCGCCAGCUGCAGAUGGUCAUCACUCAGACCUCCAACAAAGCUGCCCAGACCAGCACGUGUGUUCUGAUCCUCCUUUUUUCCCUGGCUCUCAUCAUCCUGCCCAGUUUGAGCCCCUUUCAAGGUCUAACAGAAGCAGGGUCUGAGGAUUACCAGCCUCACGGAGUGAUUUCCAGAAAUAUCCUGACUCACAACGAGAUGACAGAUCGGGAGACCCCAGUGGUAGAGUCCAGACUGGGGGGGCCACCGGGGGCCAACGGUGCAAAUGGCUCAACAAGGACACUGCUUGAGAAGAUGGGAGGGCAGACAGGCCCCAGCAGGCACGUCAGAACUGUGCUGCGUGCAGAUGAGAUGUGAAGCUCUGACAGGGGCUGGAACACCUCCUGGGCCACCACCCAUCACAUGAGGGAUCCUGGGCUUCCUACUCAGGGGUCGAAGCAACACCGGGAUGCUCUACAUGUCUGUACCUUGAGGCCCAGUCUGUCUGUUUGAGAGGGCACCUCAAAUACUUUUAUGUAUCUGGGACUUUAUUUCUUCUCUGGAGAUAGGAUUGAGGGGAAACAGAAGUUUUUGCUGAAAAAUAAACUUUUGUUGCUGAAAUCACAUCCCAGAAGUUUCAAAUAAAUAGAAGAAGAAGGGGAAAA